AUGGAGAUAGAGCAAGCCACUGCCAAUGACAAUAAUGUUAUUACACAAAAUGAAAUGAGAGUUUCAAAAGGAAGAGAAAAGAGAGGAAUAUAUCUUGUGUGGGAAGAUUUGACUGUUGUGGUUCCAAAUUUUGGCAAUGGACACACUAAGAGAUUGCUUAAUGGUUUGAGUGGAUAUGCUGAACCUAACAGAAUCAUGGCUAUUAUGGGGCCUUCUGGCUCUGGAAAAUCUACUCUUCUUGAUGCUUUGGCAGGUAGACUCUCCGGAAAUGUUAUCAUGUCUGGAAAUGUGUUUUUAAAUGGAAAGAAAGGAAGACUAGACCGUGGGGUUGUAGCUUAUGUGACACAAGAAGACACAUUGUUGGGAACACUAACAGUUAGAGAGACAAUAUCUUACUCAGCUAAUCUAAGGCUUCCAGCUACCAUGACCAAAAAAGAGGUAAAUGACAUUGUUGAGGGAACAAUUAUGGAGAUGGGUCUUCAAGAUUGUGCUGAUAGGCUUAUAGGGAAUUGGCACUUAAGAGGUAUAAGCGGUGGUGAAAAGAAAAGACUAAGCAUAGCACUUGAAAUCCUUACAAGGCCUUGCCUCUUGUUCCUUGAUGAACCCACCAGUGGUCUUGAUAGUGCCUCAGCAUAUUUUGUUACCCAAACAUUGAGAAACAUAGCUCAUGAUGGGAAGACUGUUAUCUCUUCUAUACAUCAACCGAGUAGUGAGGUUUUUGCACUCUUUGAUGAUCUCUUUCUGCUUUCUGGGGGUCAAACUAUAUAUUUUGGAGCAGCUGAAAAGGCAGUUGAGUUCUUUGCCAAAGCAGGAUUCCCAUGUCCAAGUAGAAGAAACCCUUCUGAUCAUUUCCUCCGUUGUAUUAAUUCAGACUUUGACACUGUCACAACGACCAUGAUGGCCUCCCAGAGAAUACAUGAACAAAAAUCAUUAACAGCAUCCUUAAUGAACUUAUCAACUGCAGCAAUCAAAGCAAUACUCAUAGAGAAUUACCGAUGGUCAGAGUAUGCAACUACUGCAAGAGCAAGAAUCAAAGAAUUCUCAAACAUUGAAGGACAUGAUUCUGAAAGUAACAUCAAGAGCCAAGCCAAAUGGUGGAAGCAACUAUCAACACUGACCCAUAGAUCUUUCGUGAACAUGUCUAGAGAUGUAGGGUACUACUGGAUAAGGAUAAUAAUCUAUGUCGCCUUAUCUUUGUGUGUUGGAACAAUCUUUUUUGAAGUUGGAUCAAGUUAUAGAGCCAUUUUUGCAAGAGGAGGGUGUGGUGCUUUUAUAUCAGGUUUCAUGACAUUCAUGGCCAUAGGAGGCUUCCCAUCCUUCAUAGAAGAAAUGAAGGUCUUCUACAAAGAAAGGCUCAAUGGGUAUUAUGGCAUUGCAGUUUACAUUCUAUCAAAUUUUUUAUCUUCCUUUCCCUUUGUGGCAGUGAUGUCCAUUGCUUCUGCAACUAUAACCUACUAUAUGGUUAAGUUUCGUCCUGAGUUUUCGCAUCUUUUGUAUAUCUGCCUGGAUCUUAUUGGUUGCAUUGCGGUUGUGGAGAGUUCCAUGAUGAUUAUAGCUUCACUGGUUCCCAACUUCCUCAUGGGAGUGAUAAUUGGAGCAGGAUAUAUCGGUCUUAUGAUGAUGACUGCUGGCUAUUUUCGUCAGAUCCAUGAUCUUCCAAAAAUUUUCUGGCGUUACCCAAUUUCAUACAUAAAUUAUGCAGCAUGGGGAUUGGAGGGAGCUUAUAAGAAUGACAUGAUUGGGCUGGAGUUUGAUCCUUUAGUACCUGGUGGCCCAAAACUGAAAGGAGAAAUCGUCCUUACAACCAUGCUUGGCAUGCAAGUUGAUUACUCAAAAUGGUGGGACUUAGCUGCAGUUAUGGUCCUCCUCAUAUUGUGUAGAGUUCUUUUCUUUUUCAUUCUGAAAUUUAAGGAGAGAGCUGCACCUUUUUUGCAUAGUAUCUAUGCCAAGCAAACUCUGCAACGUAUCAAGAAGAGGCCUUCGUUCAGGAAAGCACCAUCUUUCCCUUCCAAGAGGCACCAAUCUCUGCAUCCCUUGUCUUCUCAAGAGGGUCUCAACUCCCCAAUUCAAUAGAAGCA